GGCAGGGAGAUGACACGUGUCAUGUCCAUGCAGUCGAACGACCGCGGAGGCAAUUCAAACUGCGCUUGCAGUGUUUUGAAAGCAUCUGACGUCAAUUGCGUCCACAUGCAGUCUACACACCCAGCCUCAGCAUCUUGAUGACACUCGGUGAAGGUAUACACCUUGACCAGUUCGUUGAUGACGACGUCGCAGACGACGGCGGCGGCGGCUGUGACGACCACGUGGAGGAUUGCAGGGGAUCUGUCGUCUUGAUUGUCGCGCAAGGGGAAUCCGAAUCCGCCUCCGCACAAGAACUCUGGGAGGUAGUCGUGGCUUAAUUCUACCCUCCUCCCUUAACAUCAGCUCUGGGGAGUCAGUUGGGUAGCCUAUGCCUAUGCUCAUGAAUAGGUCGCAGAGGAGAGUAGCAGCAGCAGCUCUGAUUAGGUCGCAGAGAAUAGCAGCAGCAGCAGCAGCAGCUCGCGCUUGAUGGUCGGUAUCGGCAGCCAUCCGUUUGGUAGUACACACCUUCUCCUCCUUUCUUGACGCUCCACGUGUCCAUCGUCCGUCGGCGCGCUCCGAUCAAGGUAUUGAUUGGAUCCACGUGGCAUCGAUCGAUCCAUCGAGCGCGCAAGGAGGCGGGCGACGGGGUGUGCGACGACCGUCGCGCACGGCGGCGGCCACAAUGAGUACCGCGGAAGUAGAGGCUGUCGAUUUCGAGCCGGAGGAGGAUGAUCUUCUCGAUGAGGACACGGCUAUGGAGGACGCGGCGGAUCAGAAGACGGCGGGAGUGACGUGGCAGCAGCCGGCGCAGCCGUCUGUCGCUGCCGCGUCAUCACAGCAGGCGAUCUCUGGUCGGACGCUGAAGUCGACGAUCACAGGCGCGGGAUUGUCGGCGGUGCAAGCGGCGGCGGCGGCGGCGGCGGCGACGGCGGGGGUUGCGACGGCGGCGGUGGGGGGGAAGACCGAUGCGCCGCCGGUGCAGGCGCAGGCGCAAGCGCAGGCGCAAGCGCAGGCGCAGGUUGGCCUUCCGCCCUCCGCCGCCGCCGCCGGCCCCACCUCCGGCGGAGCGUCGUGGAAGACGAAAGGGCGGGGCUUCCGCGACGAUCUUGGCGCUGAUCGAGGGGAGAGGUUUCAUAACAACGACUUUGAGUCGUUGGAUUCGUACGGCGGCGGGCCUGGACCGCAGAGAUCGGUCGAAGGAUGGAUUAUACUAGUGACCGGUGUGCACGAGGAAGCGCAAGAGGAAGAUAUACACGAGGCUUUCGCCGAGUUUGGAGAGAUCAAGAACCUUCAUCUCAAUCUUGAUCGACGGACUGGAUUCGUUAAAGGGUACGCCUUGAUUGAAUACGAAUCCCGAAGAGAAGCGCAAGAAGCCAUCGAGAAGAUGAACGGCAAGGAACUGCUAACGCAACCCAUAUCCGUUGAUUGGGCGUUUAGUAGGGGGGCGAUCCGACGGACGCAUGCGCCUCGACGAAGAUCUCCACGCGGAGCACGCAGAUCCCGCAGCCCGCGCCGACGGCCUUAUUAAAGAUCCGCCGGCGGCGGCGGCGGCGGCGGCGGCGGCUGCUUCACGUGUAUCGCGGCGGCGCAUUCAUCAGCAUCAUCCCAUCAAUGUAUCCCCAUUGCGUCGAUCAGUUCGUUGGCCCGCUUGCUUGCUUGCUUGCUUGCUUGCUUGAUUGAUUGAUUGCUGGCUUGCUUGGUUGAUUGAUUGCUGACUGGCUCGAUUGCUUUGCUGGCUUGAUUGAUCGUUGGUCGUUCAAUUCCAUCUUCUGACGAUUAUUCGCGCUACGCGCGAUGUGCAAUAUGGUUAGUGCUAGGCGGCGGCGCCACGUGGCGCCGUGCUAUGUCGUACUUUGUCGGACUUUGCUAGGCUAUGUGAAGACUGUGCAGCGAUCGGGUUGCUUAUGUGUUCGGAUCAUGUCUCCCAAUUUCGGUAGUAGAGGUGGAAUGCCACCAGUCGGGAUCGGGAUGUCGUUACAGAGAAAAGCUUUGUCGAUGUGUCUUCGCCGUGGUCUAGGGUUUUGGCUUUGCUCGUGCUGUGCCAUGCUUUUAUGUGGUGCUACGCAGUGUACUAAGUUGGGAGAACAAGCCCCCAUUCAGAAGAGAGGCAGAGAAGAAGGAAAAGGUAGCUGGUGAGUCGUUUUUUUUUUUUGUUUUUUUUUUUUAAUUUCAACUGCUUUAUUAGCUGUUUUCAAGAAACCAAUGCCCUUAGAGAUAAACGGUUGAGAUCGAGCCUUUCGUUAUAGAUGGUCGGGAUCGGAGCCAUCGUUGGAUCGGGAUCGCGGCCAUCGUUUGUCAAACGCAGCUGAGAGUUGGAGGGGUGAAGAAGAAGAGGGAAUAUGGAUGUGUACCAAUGUGAAAAAGGGUGGCUGGACAUCGAUGGCUGGAUAUAAAUAACUUUUUUUAUUCGAGUCUGUGGCUCUUCUGUGUCUAACCUAAUCCUCCUCACUUCUCUCUCUCUCUCUCUCUCUCUUUCUCUCUUUCUCUCUCCCCCCCCCUCCUCCGUCUUCUUCUGCUGUGCAGUAUCUGUCAAUCAAUCUAUCAAUCAAUC